CAUGUAGGAGCACCAAUUAUGAGACAUUACAAGGUGUAAAUGGGAAAAUGGAGUUGCAGCAGGAAGUUAAAUUCUCCAUUACUUUGUACCAUCAUGGCAGAGAAUUCCACAACUAAUUACAAGAAAACUGUGGGAAUCAAUUCCCUGUAUAAAGGUCCAGAAGCUUAUAACCAAGCCGUUCUCUUGAUGAAGGUUUGUGUAAUUUAUUCAGACUUUACAAGAAGUUGGUUCCUCCAUGGAUAACAAACAUAUCCC